CAUGUAGCGACUCUUCUCCUUCUCAGGAUGACAGGAACAGAUGUGUUUGGAAUUACUGUACCUCUUAUUACCAGUACUACUGGAGAUAAACUGGGAAAGACUGCUGGCAAUGCAGUUUGGCUAAAUAGAGAUAAGACUUCUCCAUUUGAGCUAUAUCAGUUUUUUGUCAGACAACAAGAUAACAUAGUUGAAAAAUACCUGAAACUCUUCACCUUCAUUCCUCUUGAGGAGAUUGACCACAUCAUGGAAAUGCAUGCUAAAGAACCUGAAAAAUGGGGCCCUCAGAAACGACUUGCUGCAGAAGUAACCAAGCUUGUUCAUGGUAGAGAGGGGCUAGAAUCUGCUAAGAGGUGUACUAAGGCCCUUUAUUACAGCAGCGUGGAGGCAUUGGAAGCUAUGUCUGACCAAGAGUUACAGGAACUUUUUAGACAAGCUCCUUCAGCUGAAUUGAUGCUUGAACCUGGAAUGAAUGUUCUUGACUUGUGUCGCAAAGCAAAUGCCAUUCCAGAUGGACCUAGUGGGUAUCAGAAAAUUACAGAUGGUGGAGUUUCAAUAAAUGGGAUUCGAGUAACUAAUCCCGAGACUGUUCUUAUUCUCGGACAGCAUAUUCUCAAGAAUGGAGUAUCAUUGCUUAGGAUUGGAAAGAAAAAUUACUACAUUAUAAAAUGGCUGCAGUUGUGACGAGAACGUCUCCCUAAAAUGAUGUAUCAUUUUCACUCUCUUGCUCAAAGAUGUACUUAAGAUGUUUCUACACUGUGCAUUGCUACGCAGCUCACAGACUGCCCAAUACCAUAGUUUCAUUCUCAAAAUACACCAACAGAGUUCAAACAAAGGCAGCUAAGUUAUACCAUUGAAGAGAUUUUUAGAUACUCUGCCUUAUUCAAAGCACCAUUCAUAAGAGGAUAUGCACAAGAAGAUGAAAAGAUUAAUUUCAGAGUCUGAAGAUGGAGAUGCUCUUCCCCUCCAUUAACAACCUUCUGUGUUGUAGAACAGUGGCCAGGUACUCUACAGCAUAAUCCACAGCAAGAUGAGCAAAAGCAUACUUGAAACCAGUACUUCUUACAGAGGAUGCAUGCUGCUGUCCAGUUUGACUUCAUCCCAACAGAGAAAGCUGCGGAAGUGGGUAAGGAGGACCCACCUAUGAUCAACAUUUUUUUUUCUGAACAAGUUUGCUUUGAAGGAAGCUGCAGAAGAUUCACAAUAAAUGAGUAGAAUGAUUAAGCCCUAAUAUGUAAGCUUCUUACUGUUUAUGUAUGGGGGCAUUUGGAAAAAAGCUUUCCAGCCUUAAUGUGGUAAUACAGAGCAAAUUCACUUUUUGAAAUAUAAGAGAGUAUAGAGCCUUUCAAAGCUUAAAUCAGCCUGAUGAAGCCCUUUUAUGCCACUAAGCACACACACUGUGUGCAAUGUGGGUGAUACUCAUUCCGCUGCUUCAGUCCUCUGAAUUACGUGGAUGCCUCUGUGCUAUCUGGAAUCUUUGUUGAAGGUGUAUCCUGGCACUAGUUCUGUGAGCUCUACAGUCAUUUGCAAGAUAGUAUAUUAUACCAGAAGAUUUGAAGCAUGUACAUGAAAACUUUUUUGAUUUUAGAUGCCUAGGAGUUGUGGGUGAACAGCAGCACAAGGGUAUCAUCUGGACCAGGAAACGUGAGGGAAGCUAUAGUGCUUUUGCAAUUAAAAAAGUCAGACCCUUCAGAUAGGGCAACAUGCAAAAGCUGCACUUCUUCACAAAAGAGCAGAAAGUGAUCCUACUGCUUAUGGCCUAGCCAACAUUUGGGAUCAUAGCUUCCUCAUUUUCUUGUAAAGAUGGCAUGAAAGUGAGAAUGUACUUCAAGAGUUGGUAGAAUAGCAACAUCUACAUUUAAAGGUAGUAUUACUUUAUUGCUCUGAAACACCACCACCCCUUUUUAUUACUAGCCACUACAGCUGCUUACACACCUGGAAUCAAAUAAGCAUGGAGUACACCACCUUGCUAAAGUCCCUUCCCAUGGUGGGGUUUGGGAUUGGGUUGCCUAGGCAAUAUAGGUGCCACAGUAUUUCAGCCAGGUCACCUGAACAACAACAAAACCCACAUGUGUUUUUACCAAGAUUAUUUGUAGUACAAGCCCAUAUUUGAAUUACUUAGAACUGGUUAAUUGACUUAGAAUGCAGUAAUGUAGCUGGCUGGCUCAGAACUUUUUUAUUAAGGGACCCUCCCUGCCCCAGUGCAAAAACAUAAACCCCCAGUCUCAUUUAUGAGGUGAUUGAUUGCUUUGGGCCUUGGCUGCAGUGUUGUUUUCAAGGUGUAGAGUAAUCCUCACCCUUAGGCCAAGGAGAGUGAUUUCUUUGUCCAUGAAACUCCUAGGCAAUAUAGUUCUGCGGUCACAGCAGCCACAGGGGAGAGGCCUUAAUCUUAGCUACGUGAAUGUGGCAACUCAUCACCAUCUCUUUUAUAUUGUUCUAAGUCAUGGUAUUUCAGCUGGUUUAAAACCACCCAGCCUAUAAGAAGAAUGGGGAAAUCGUAAGAAACGUAAGUAAAGUCCCAAGAAUCCAGAUAUUCUAUAGUUGGGUGGGGAGUUUCCAUUGGGUUUUUUAGGUGGGUGGUUGUUUGGUUUGUUUCUUUUUUACAUGAUGUUGAUCAACUUGAUGUGACCAACUUAGUGUUAGCUUUAUUUGCACUGUCAAUCAAGAUUUCAGUAUGUUAGUAAGUCUCAAGAAUCCAGAUAUUCUAUAGUUGGGUGGGGAGUUUCUGUUGGGUUUUUUUAGGUGAGUGUUUUUCAGUUUCUUUUUUUUUUUUUUACUUGAUGUUGAUCAACUUGGUGUUGGCUUUAUGUGCAUUGUCAAUCAAGAUUUCAAUAGUAAUAAACUAUAGUGGCUUGCUGCUU